AACAUUGAGGCACCAAGUUCUCUCCGUGUUACUGGGUAGUGAAAUGGCAGCGUUUUCACGAACUAUACUCGUCCAGAUAUUAGCAUUCAAACUUUUCUUCAUACUUCUAGGCCUCGCAGCAGAUCAUCAGUCGAAGGACGAUGUCGUUGACGCAUUCAAGGCUAUGGCAGCGUUUCCUUAUGCGGUUGCUCUAGCGGACACUGAUUGGGAUGGAGACCUUGAUUGCAUGGUUGCAGUUCGAAGAGAAUACAGCAACGACCCACCCAGAGUUGUGUUUGAUACUUUUAUGAAACGCCCCAACGGUGAAAUCCGCCAAAUCACCUACCGCAUCAAGCCUGGUCCUACAAUUGACUCAGUGGAGUUCACUGUCAACGAUGAUUAUGACCACGUGUUCGAAGGCCACUUCUUCUUCUCAGACUACAAGGACUGUCUCAUCAUGGAAUUCCCCAUCGAUAACAAGCCAAUGUGUGCGAUGUGGACCCUGAAGACAAUAGCCGGCGACAUUCCAGCCAUCUGCACAGAAAACUUCAAGCCAGCUGUGAGGGUGCUGUAAUAGCUUACGACGAGGAUACGUGCGGACCACUCGGCCUUUAAUAGUUGUGUACUUGAACAUGAUCAACUUCUAAACAAAAAAGUAUUGCACUGUGCAGGAGAAACACAAUUGAAUUGAUAAUUUUUA